AACACAAUAGUGUUAGACUGCAAAAGCAAAUUUCAGACGUCUCUAAAUCCGCCAGUGCCUGAAGCCCAUAGCUAUCAAACAGGUUCACUAUUUGUAAAGCUUGAAAUUGAUUUGUACAUCGUUAAAGUCACCAGUUACUUUAAGGAAUUUAUUAAAUUUCAAUUCAGACAUACAGACUUGAGGAUUAUCUAGAUCAACGUGUUUCAACUCAUAAAUUUUCGCAUCGUCCAGACGGACCCGGUAUCCUCGACUAUACGGAUUACAAAUAAGCUUCAGUUAGUCCGCUUGACGCAUAAUCAAUGAUUGAUUACAUUGAUUCUAAACACGAUAUAUCUAAUCUAUUAUCAGCGAAUAUUUUUAUCGAUAUUUUUAGCCACCUCCUCCGCACAUAGGGAAAUAUGCAUCAGUCGUGAUGGGCAACGCGGCAAGGAAACCCGCCAAAUCCAAAAAGAAAAUCAAGAAUGAAGGAGCGGAUAGCGACGUCGAAGACGACGAGAAAAAGAAAGUCGGGGUCACCGAGAAAUUCAACAACUACGAUUGGCAGAUCAUAGACACCAUCAAAAGAGAUCUUCAGGAGACUCCCGAGUUGUUCGUGUUGAACAAUGUGCUCAUGGGCAUCAUGUUCUUCAAGAAUUACAAAAAAGACAUGGAAGACUUGUCGAACUCUAGAACCGAAUCCAAACCCGACUUUCUAGCACCAGAUUCGGUCCUAGAGAAAGUGAGUGAGAACGUCAAAUUCCGUCCAUUCCACGGUCCCAAGAAGCAUCAUUUGGAGCCCAUCAUGGACAGAAGGUUGUUCGUGUUCAACGAGAAUGUGCAAGUGCUUGGCAUUACCGACGAUUGCGGUGGAAACACCGAAAAGGCGGCUGUCAGAAUUGAAGAAUCUCCGAGAAAAGGUAAUGUUUCGUGAAGUUACGUGAAAUCGACGCAAAGCCGCCGACAAUGGAAGAAUUCGUACCUUUCGCCAAUUCCAAUUCCGAAUCCGAAACAAACUCCAGGAGCAGCUCUACAGAUUCGGACUCUCAGUCAAUGCACGGCUCAAUAUCCGACCUCAAGACGCCACAACCGAUAGAAAUCAUCAAUUACUUAGAGUCUCACACGAGAAACUCUAUACCGGCUUCUUGCGUCACGUAUCGAAGAGUUAAAAAGACACCUUCUGAGAUAGACAUAGAAGGUCGAUGCAUCAGCGACAUCACCGAAGAUGACUGGUAUCAUACAGUGUGUUACUUCGGUUCGAGAAGCUUCAUGAAUCACUUUAAAAACUACCUAUUUCCUAACCAGGUAGCGCCAAACUUGGGCUUCGCCGAACACGAAAUCAGUCAGUCCAAAUCGAUCCCAGGAAAAAUUUUCUGUUCAAAAGAAGGCAUACCGCACGAAGUGAUUCCGGCAUUGCAAUGCAGCUGGCCGUCUGAUCAGACUUUGGGGUUUAUAAUGAAAGGCGAGAAGGAUAACGGUAAGAGGAAAAUACGGAUAUUCCCAACGGAGUCGAUGAUAAACGAAAUUAGGAAUAUGGCUUGCGCUUUAGUGCCCAGGGGGUACUUCAAGAAGCAUGGAGAGAGACUGAAUAGUGAUAUUGAGUGGGAAAUUAUGUUUCCUCAGGCAGAAAGGUACCUAGAAUCGUACAUGUCUCACGCCCAAAUCAAAUGCUACUUAGUCCUGCUCGCGAUCCACAAAACCUACAUAGAACCAAAGACUCUGAAUCUAGGUCUUCUACCCGAACACAUUCGUUGUUUCAUGUUGUGGGAAUGUGAAACGAACUACAGCGACUGGCCGGAGCACAGAUUGGGAACCAAACUGUACAAUGUCGUGAGCAACUUGUACCAGCAUUUGGCGAAGGGAGAACUGUACGAUUACUUUGUGAAAGAGAAGAAUUUGUUCCACAAUAUACAGAGGAAGUACCUUAGAUUGGCGCAGAGGGUCUUGCACGGUAUUUUGGAGACGCCGUUUGUAGGUUGUUACAAAGCCCUGAGGAAUUUGAGGUACAUAGACGGAAAAUCGUUUUAUCCGCCUUUAGACUUAAAGAAAAUCUACGAAAUUCUAGUAGACAGUAAGAUGAAACGUUCGCAAGAAGAAGUAGUGAAAACUAUCGAAAUUAAAGACUUGAAUCAACUAGAUGUUUUGGAGCUGAAAUGGAGACAGGUGCAGGAGACAAAGAAGAAAGAAGAGUUAAAAAAGUUGGAAGAAAUACGGAGAGAUUCCGAGGAUUCUAUAGAUAUGGAUUGGAUGUGUGAGAAAACACUGGACCUUCUCAAAAGACAGCCGCUCCUCAGCCAUUUCAUCAAUUUCUUCAUAGACUUAGCAACGAAAAGUUCGAAAAUAUCAACCAAGAAACAGACGUUGCUUUAUUUCAAGCAAGCGCGAUAUCUGACGAGAAUUCUCAAAGACGAAAAACAUUUCAUGGAGGAAGCCGAGGAAUUCCUGGACGCUAUCAAUAAAACAGAAAGGGAAUGUAUGAAGGAAUUUAGAGAAGCACCUGGAAAAACUGUGACUUUUGACACUAGUGAUUUUGUGAUAGUGAAUGGUAACGAUACAGUGUGAAGUGAUAGGACUCAUGAGAAUAAUAUGACGUUUCUGCGCAUUAACAGGCUAGACACGCGUUUUAAACACUUAAUAUUUGUUCUGUUAGACAAAAAAAAUAAUACUAUAUUUUUUCAGACUUGAAAAACCGUAAAAUUUCAAGUCAAAAAUACAUUUUUCUUAAACAGGCGAAAACGCUGUCCGCCAUGUUUCAAUAAAAAAAAGAAAACGAUAUCUGUUUACGUUGAUUGGGGGCUUUAAGUCGACAAGUGACAUAUGUGUGACGUUUCUUUGUUUACAAUUUGUAUGACGUCAUAUCAUGGCCGAAACAUUUUUUUUAAAUUGGCUUCAUACCUAUAUACAUUUUGUAAAAACUGAAAUCAGUAUAUUUCGUUUCGCUAACCUAAAAACCUAUAAAAAUACUCAUUUAUACUAUGAAAUUUGGUAUGAGCCUAUUAUUGAUAAUUUCAAAAAGUCCAUCUGAAAAGGUUUGCUAUUUCAAAUAUUUUGAACGUCGCGUCGGUUAGAUUCACAAAGAUACUUUGUGAUAUAUUUACUGAUAUGCUAAAAAAAUCGGUUAGAACUGGUAAUCCAUGGUAAAAAAUGUAUACAGAAUCGUAAUACGAUAAUUAAGGCUGAAUAUCAGAUUUUUUUUAUCUUAAUAGUACUUCAUAAUAUUUCUAGGGAUUUAAUAAUCCCAUUUUCAGUAAUUUAGUUUGUUAAUCUGAAAUAACGAUCGUAUCAAUCAUUUUAAAUAAUCCUUUGAAUCCUAUAAUCCGACAAUCAUCUGAAAGAGUAGAGUACUAAAAAAUAGCAAAAUAUGUAACUAAAACAUUCAUUGUGUUGAAAAAUCCUAAAAUUAAUUAUUGUAUUUCACAUGCUUUUGACGCUGGUUCGUCUAGAUUGUUAAAGAUAUAUUACAUUCUUGCACGAAACUUAUUUACCACCUAAACACAUGCAAAGAAUUGAAAAUGUGAUAAUGUGCCAACGCUGUAUAUAAAAUCCAUGUAUAGUUUUAACUUUUUUAUUUAUUUUAUUUUGUGUGUCUAUGUAACGUUUUUUUUGUUCUGUUAUUGAGACUUGUUGAUGACCAACUGGGGAGGUCCUUAUUUUCAAUAUCAUGUUCUAAUAGAAAAUAGAACUUCCAUUACUUAAUAUUACCACUAUCUAUGUCUAUCAUAGUUAGAUACAUUACGUGUAUACAAUUAUAAUGCUGUUUUUGAACA